AUGGGACUUCUAUCUUGCCUGACGGGUCAUAGAGGAAAGCCAUCUUCUUCCCUCCAGCAGCAACCCAGCCCAAAAACCACUGCCACCAGCGCAAUCAAAGUAGCCGACUCGGUGGUAUAUACCAAAACCAUCAAUGGCCACUCCAUCGCCUUUACAGACUUCGGCUUCGCAAAUGACGGGCCCGCCGUCGUGACUUUCUCGGGCUGGAACCAAGACCAUCGUGGCUGGGCCAAUGUCACGCCCUACCUAAUGGACACCUACCGAGUCAUCAGCGUCUGCUUCCGGGGCCACGGCCCAAACCGCGAUCCCGUCGAGGACUUCGGCUUCGAGGACCACGCGCGCGACGUUCUCGGCAUCCUGGACUCGCUCGGCGUCGACCAGUUCGUCUGCGUGUCCGCCUCGCACGGCACCUGGCCAGCCCUCGAGCUCAGCCGCAUGGUCGGCCGGCAGCGCUGCCCGGCCGUCCUGGUCCUGGACCUGAUCAUGACCGAGGCGUCGCCGCAGUUCCUGGCCGGGCUCAGGGCGCUGCAGGGCAGGGACACGUGGCGCCCCGCCGUCAUGGCCUUCUUCAAGGGCUGGAGCAACGGCACGCAGAGCGCCAACAUGCGCGAGCAGAUGCUCCUCAACGCGGGCGGCUUCAACCACGAGACGUGGUCGCGCGCCGGGCGGACCAUCGAGGCGGCGUAUGCCACCUGGGGCUCGCCUCUGAGGCGGAUGGAGGCCCUGGCGGACCCGCCGCUGAUCCAUCAUGUCUACACGCAGGCAGCUGGGAGUGGGGCGGAAUACGAAACUCUUCACCAGACGUUCCAGAAGAAGCACGCGGAGUGGUUUUCUUUCACAUGCGCCCGGGGCCAGACACAUGUUCCGCAUAUUGAGCAGCCUGAGACGGUAGAUCGUGAGGUGAGGGCGUUGAUUGAGAAAGCUGUGGCUCGUUUGGAUUCAGACUCUGUGGAUAGAAAGGCAGAAUAA